UGCUUUCCUAUGUCUCGUGUGUGUUUUACGCGGUCGUUUAAAAUCAUAAAAGAAUACCUGUGAUCGGUAUGCAGCCCUAUCAUCUGACACAAUGUGCAGCCAGGGCAUGGUUCUCUUAGUCAUAAACUUCCAGGAUUGCUUAUCUGGCAUGCACCGAGAGGAAAACAAUGACAGUAAGACAUUAACCAGGCGUGUAAAUGAUUGAAUAAAUUACUGUGACAUCUCUGGGCUGGGGCUUGUUAAGCCUGAAGCAGCAACAUCCACCUCAGACUUUGAUCAGAACAUGUUGGACAGAACAGUUGGUGUGUCAGAGAAGUCACAAGGUUUCCUGUCAAUUUGGUGCCAGCCUAUACACAGUUUACUGCGUGUUUGAAGGCCAGGUUGUGAUGGCAGUACGCCGCUCGUCGUUCUUGGCGGGUGUGCUGCUCCUGGCUUCCUUGGAUCUGUGGUGUUCCUGCGCUUCACCUCCCUGCCCUGAGUCCUGCACCUGCCUACGAGCUCCGCUGCUGAACUGCUCCUCCUCUGGCCUGUCCUCGGUGCCGCAGCUCAUCCAGGACUCGGUCACUGAGCUAGACUUGUCUCAUAACCUCCUCAGCUCUGCAACGCUUCGUCAACCGCACCCCAACCUCAGCAAACUAUGGCUGGGGAACAACAGCAUCCCACACCUGUCUCUGUGCAUAGAGAGAAGCGUCAGGGGUCGACAUUUAAGGCUUCGCUCAGAAACUGGGAGAGGAUCGAGAUGCCUGACCUGGGCCCCCUCCCUGCAGCUGCUGUCAGCUGAGAGGAAUCUGCUAGAGCAGCUGCCAGCGGGUCUGGAUGUCAUUAAAUCGUUGAAGAUUUUGCAGCUGUCUUUCAACAGGAUCUCAAGUCUUGAGCCGGGAGUCCUUGGCAAUCUUCAUCAGCUGCAGGAGCUGCAUUUACAGCAUAACCUGAUUACAAAUCUCCAUCCACAGAUGUUCCAGAAUCUAGAUCAACUCAGAAUCCUCGACCUGAGGUUCAAUCGGUUGACAAACAUGCAGCAGUUGACAUACCUCACUUUGCACAACAUUGGAGCAGAUGUUAAGCUGGAUGAAAACAGGUGGCGCUGUGACUGCAACAUGCGCGGUCUAAGAAGACAGAUGGCCUAUGGCAACACCAGAGGCCUACAGUCCUGGAACAUCAUAUGCACUUUCCCCUCCAAUGUCUCUGGCAAAGAUCUUCUACAGCUGGAUGAGGAGGACCUAAAGUGUUUGAGCACUGAAAACAACCUAAAUCUUCACCAAGAUGUGACAGUCUACAGCGGCGCGGAGAUCCUGCUCUCCUGCUCAGCAAAAGAGUCAGUAUGGUGGACACCCAGUGGUCGAGCAUCUGUGAGCCAGCAUGAAGGUCAACUGCUCAUCAGUGACUUUUCAGAAGGAGAUGAAGGACUGUACGUGUGUGUGUCUGAAGAAGGCCAAGUUCUGUCUGUUUUUAACCUCCAAAUCAAUAAAACAGGAGGUGCAAGAAAAGCAAGGAGUUUACCCGGCGUCCAUGGCCAAAUAUCCCUACAAGGAGCUACAAACGGGAGAGCUGUGGAGGCAGCUAGGAGCGUUACACAGUCUAACUUGGCUCUGGCAGUGUGUCUAUCUAUUUUCUUCACAUUUCUGUUGGCGUUCAUUCUCGGAGUCUUGGCGAGACCCUGUUUGGAACGGCUUUGGGGAAGAGUCAUUAAAAAGAAAGCCCCACCUGAAACUCAUACUGCCACUUCUGUUCAACAGAGACAAUAUGACAACCAGGCCUUUUCCAGUGCUGAGGAACCAGGAGAGAUAGAACCUCACAGGGAAAGAAGAGUGACAUUUAGCACAAUAGAAAUUACAGAAGAAAGCAAUCUGCAGUAUUAUGAUGCUGGGGCGAGUGCCGAUCAGGAAAGCAUUAGUAGCGAUAAAGUGUUUGAGUAUCAAGCACCAGAGGUUAACUUGCAUAAGCAUCCCGAGGAAAAGCAGCGGGAUGACAGUAGCUCAGAUGACCUGGCUGUAGAGCGCCUCCGAAACAUGAAGUUUGAACAUAUUCCAGACCCGGAUGAGAUAGAAGAGAGGAGAAGCCUUUCAUCAUCCUCAAAUUCAUCUCAGAAUGCCUCAGAAACAUACCAAAUGACCAGAGACCACGCUGUGCCCAAGUCUCUUCAGCUGGUCGAAGACUUACUUCAGAAGACCGCUGAUUCAUCAACAGGCGCUAAAACAAAAAUCCCACAAAUAUCCAUGAAGGGAAAAAAUGAAUUUCUAGGAUCAACUUCUCUACAUACAAAUACAACAGACCCAACAGGCUCUGAUGUUUCUCAGGAUGAUGAAGAACUAUUUGAAUUUAGCGAUGGAGGUCAAAGUCCAUCCGCCAAGGCAAGCAGUCUGCUUGAUUCUUUCUCAAGCUCGCAUCAAGUCAAUAAUAGCUAUGAUUCAAAAAGGUCAGGAAAAGGAACAGGUGUUUCCUCUUCCUCUGAUUCCAGUGACAGUGACAAGGAGCCAAUGCAUACUAAAAUUAAGAAAAGGAAGAAAGGAAGAAAGAUGAAGGUGAAUGAACCUGCAAUUCAUUCACCUUCAUCUAACAGUGAGAGUGAAGAGAAAAUGUCAUAUGUCAAUGUUAAAGGUAGAACCAAUAUUGAACAGCUUCCAUUUCAAAAGUCAAAAAAGUCGAAUUCAAAUGGACUUUGGCCUACUGUAGAUCUUGAGCACAUUCCUCGUCUCAAGAGGCGUCUAGAUAUCAAAGCACUAUUACCUGGUUCUGAUUCAUCUUCCUGCAGUGACAGUGAGGAUGAACCGAGAGGCCAUGGCAUUAUAACAAAUGUAUCUCAAACAGUAAGCCCUAAGCCAGAAAAUCAAAGACCUGACUUAGAGAAGACACUGGGGAAGUUAGAUGCUGGACAUCUGACGUUUCAAGAAUUUUUCCCAAAAACUAAUGAUCCAGAUGGAAGGUGGCCUGCCAUAAACCUUCAGGAUCUUCCUCGCAUCAAAAGGCGCAUAAAUAUCAAAGCUCCAACAGCAGAUUCAGAUUCUUCUUCCAGUGGUGAUAGUGAGGAUGAAACAAGAGGCAAAGUGGUUAAGCAGAAGAAAGACGAAUUUCCGAUGGCAAAGAUUCCAACUUUAGUUUCUCCGACAGUAUAUCCCAAACCAGAAAACAGUUGGCCUCCAACUAAUCUUGGAAAAACAACAGACUUAAAAAAAUCUCUUGAUAUCAAGGCAUUAUCGACAGAUUCAGAUUCAUCUUCUAGUAGUAACAGUGACAAUGAAAGAAAAGACCAUAUGACAGAAAAGAAGCAAAAGGAGUUACAUAUAUCAAAACUUCCAACAAAUGUAACUACAACAACUCAAAAGGCAGAAACCCAGUGGCCUGCAAUUGAUAUUGGAAGAUUUGCACGAAUUAAAAGGCGUCUGGAUAUCAAAGCACCCACAGCAGAUUCAGAUUCAUCCUCCAGUAGUGAGAGUGAGGAUGAAACAAGAGGCAACAUGAUGAAACAAAAGCAAGAGGAAUUGCUGAUUUCAAAGCUUCCAACUAAAGUUCCUCCAUCUGUACAUGCUAAACCAGAAAAACGUUGGUCUGUAUCUGAUCUUGGAAAAACAACUGAAUUCAAGAGACCUCUAGACAUCAAGCUACCAUCAACAGAUUCAGAUUCAUCUUCUAGUAGUAACAGUGACAAUGAAAGAGAAGACCAUAUGACAGAAAAGAAGCAAAAGGAGUUACAUAUAUCAAAACUUCCAACAUAUGUAACUACAACAACUCAAAAGGCUGAAACCCAGUGGCCUGCAUUAGAUCUUGGAAGAUUUACCCGAAUUAAAAGGCGUCUGGAUAUCAAAGCACCCACAGCAGAUUCAGAUUCAUCCUCCAGUAGCGAGAUGAAAGUGGCUCAGGAAGAAGAGAAGGCCUGA